CGAAAUUCGAAUUGCAUUGUUGGAUGUCUUCGUCGGCGGGCGGUACAAAGAAGACGGCAGCGGCAGCGGCGCCGGCCAAGUUAAAAGCAUCCAAGCCCAAGGCGGGGAGCACAAAGCAGAAGGAGAAGGCGCCGAAGAUGCCGUCCUUGGAAGAAGACGAGACGGAGGACGACGUCACGAGCAGUCCCACGCACAAGACGGAGGCUUCAACGACAAAGAAUCCCAAGAAGAAGGGACAUGCAGGAUCGGACGACAGCAGUAGUGCCUCGAGCCACGAAGACGACGCGUCAUCGUCCGAAAGCGAAGAGGAAGAAGAAGGCAGCUACAAGGUUGGCGGGUACCAUCGCGUGAACGUCGGCGACGUGUACAACGACCGCUUCACGGUGUUGGAAAAGCUAGGAUGGGGUCACUUCUCAACCGUGUGGCGGUGUCGCGAUGCUGAAACGGGGCAGGACGUCGCCAUGAAGGUGCAGAAGAGCGCAUCCCAUUACAUGGAAGCCGCGCGGGACGAAGUCGACUUGCUGGAGUGCGUCAACGAGGCUGCGACCAAGUCCGGCGGCGCGUACCCGCGCAUUGUCAAGUUGAUUGCGAGCUUUGAGCACGUUGGACCCCACGGCACUCACAUGUGCAUGGUGUUUGAGAUGCUGGGGGACAACCUCUUGACGUUGAUCAAACGAUACGAUUACAAGGGCAUCCCGAUUCCGCUGCUCAAGGUCAUGACCAAGCAGAUGCUCGAAGGCAUGGCGUUCCUCCACGACCAAUGCAAGAUCAUCCACACCGACCUCAAGCCGGAAAACGUGCUGCUUAACGCCCCGCUCAUGAAGAUGCCGCCGUUCCGGUCGGUGGCGCCGGCCGACUAUGGCGGCGCCGCGGUGCAAGUCGACCCCGCCACGUUGAACGCGGACGAGCGGAAAAAGCUCAAGCGCAAACUCAAGCGACAAAAGCAAAAGCAAUCGAAAAAAGACACGGACAAGACCCUCGCCGACCAGUUGGAGCGAUCGCUUCGCGUGGAUGAUGACGACAUUGGCGACGACGUCCUUGAAGCCCCCCCCGCGGCUCGUACGGAUGACCACCUCUUGUCCAACUUUAGUAUCGUCCGUCCAUCUGCCCCUUGUUCGAAUGACGUUAUCGCUGCCCCUUUGCAACCCCAGGAGACUGUCCGUGAGAAUGAAUGCACCAGCACUCCUGGAACGGUUUUCGAGCCUUUGGCUGCGACACUCUUGUCAUACGUGGUACCCGUCAAACAAUCGCGAGAUUACCCCAUUCCUCAAGAAUUCGCCGGUCGAAUCAUGCUGUGGCUACCCCCCCACGAGGUGAAGACACAACUGGGUCCUGUCCUGCGCCGGGUCUACAGGUUCAAGCUACCGCUGACGGACGCCAUGUCUGCUGCUGUCGUGGGCUCUCGACGCGCCACGUGCUUUUCGCUCAAGCACUAUUGCAACGACCGCCGGGACCUGCCAGCCAAAGUAGACGCCGCCCUUGGCAUCCCCCCCAGCACCUCCGGCAUUCCCCCGAUAGACGGAAGCAUGAGUCUGUGGCGCCUCGAGUUGGACGCGCGGUACGUCCUGUGGAUCUGCCACGUCUUGGAAUCGACGUGGCCAGGUCGGUUGGCGUUCUUGAACGUGCGGCCGUCGGCGGCGUAUGUGAUUCCUGGGUUCCAUUUCCCAGUACCCGACAUCGUCGCCCACGAACGUCGGGUGCUCCAAGGCAUGUACUUGGCUUCGACUACGUUUCAAGAUGCAUGCGGGGCGUGGCACGAAGUGGCGCCGCUGUCCCACCGUGUCGAGAAGACGUGGCAAGACGCCGUGUUGGCUCGAUACCACGCCGCACGAACCGACGCCGUGCCGGACUACCAAGUGAAGAUUGCUGACCUGGGUAACGCAUGCUGGACGUACAAGCAUUUUACCCAGGACAUUCAAACCCGACAGUACCGCAGUCCCGAAGUGAUUUUAGGGCAAAACUACGACCAGUCGACUGACAUGUGGUCGAUGGGGUGCUUUGUGUUUGAACUGGCGACGGGGGAGCUCUUGUUUGAUCCAAAGAGCAGCAAGUCGUACUCGCGGGACGAAGGUACGUCCUGCUUCUUCGCUAUGGUGACGCAACUAACCCUACAUGAUGACCAUAUACUUCAUUUGAAUUAGACCACUUGGCCCAAAUGAUAGAGCUGCUGGGCCGCAUCCCCAAGACCUUUGCGUCCAACGGCAAGUUUAGCUCCGAGUUCUUUAACCGCAAGGGCGAACUCAAGAAGAUCCACAACCUGAAGUACUGGGCGCUCAAGGAUGUGCUCGCAGAAAAGUACGAGCUCGGCACGGUCGAUGCCGAUGCAUUUGCGGCCUUCUUGGAGACCAUGCUGCGCUUCCAGCCGUCCAAGCGGAUCACCGCGUCUGAAGUGCUCAACCACCCGUGGCUAAAUACCCCUUAACAAGCACGUGUUACGAGUGCCUGAUGUGUUAUGUAGUCGAAU